AAAUGGUUAAGCCGCAAGGAGGGUCGAAAGCGUCGAAAAAACCUCAACCACCAAUUUUAUCACAUGAGUUCAUUAUCCAAAAUCAUGGUGAUAUUAUGUCGUGUGUCGUGAUGGUGUUCAUUGUCGGAUUGAUGUUCCCAUUGACUCAUUCACUCUCCUCGCUCUUCAUUGCUCCUCAAUACAACGGUACUUAUACUGUGGCUGUAGAACAAGGCCAGGAACGCGAAGUUCAUGGAUAUUUGAGCGGAAUUUUGGAUCUUCCUGCCAUUUUCUUCUACUCGGUUUGCUGGAUCGUCGUGCAUGCUGUUGUGCAAGAGUAUGGUCUCGACAAAAUCUCGAAAAAGACUCACUUGUCAAAGGUCUCCACCUUCAAAUUUGGCGAGUCAUUCCACCAGAUGUUUUUCACUGUUUAUUCUAUCGCCCAUGCGUUUUACAUCGUUUCUGAGCGGCUCGAAGAUUUCUCAGAAGUUAAAAGUGUUUGGCUCGGAUACCCGACAGAGCAUCGUGUAAUGUCUGCAGCAUACAAGCUUUACUUCAUCUUCCAAAUUUCCUACUGGAUUCAUCAAUUCCCAGAGUUCUAUCUGCAAAAGCUGAAGCGCGACGAGAUUCGCCAAAAGAGUGUUCAGGCUAUUCUUCAUAUUGCCUUCAUAUCAAUCGCAUACUUCUUCAAUUUCACACGUGUUGGAUUGGCACUUAUUACUCUCGAAUACAUUACUCAAUUGAUUUUCCAUAUUGCACGUUUCGCACAUUUUGUUGGACGCAAAGGGUUGUCUGACCCAGCCUUCAAGCUGUUCAACGGUUCAUUCGUUCUUGUUCGUCUUGGAUCAAUCAUUAUCGCCGUCAUGACUUUCUGGUACGGGCUUCGUCAAGCAGAAUCUCCGUUUGUGGAUAUUUCUGCUGGAAACUUCAAUACAGCAGUUAUCCGGCUCAAUGUUCUUCUUGCCGUUGUUCUGCUCCAACUCUUCCUUUUGUAUUCAUUUGUUGUAUUCCAUAUGGGACGAUUCCGUGAGAGCAACGCUAAGAAAGAAAAGAAGAAGUCUGCUGCUGCUGCUGCAGCUGUUCCUAAAAAGGAGAAAAAAAGACAAGACUCUGAGAGCGAUUCGAAGAAGAAAAAUUAAGAAACUGCUCAUGGCGACUUCCUUCGUUUCCUUCUAUUUCCAACUUCAUUCUUCUAUCCAUUUUCUAUACUCGUGAAAUUUCCCCUAAUUUAUUUAAUAUUUGUAGGUUCUCUACAUUAUUUAUUUGAAUUCUUGAUAUCAAGCUUGAUUCUUUAAAUCAAAAGUGAUACAAGCUCUCUCCAGUCAUCCAAAACCCUUUAGUCACUGUCUCCUUUCAAUUGUGAUUUACUUUCCUCGUUUUUUCCUGUUAAAAUGUGCAUUUUCUCGUUUUCUCCGCCCCGUCUCUAUUCAUGUGGUCUAUCGCUUUCCCUCUAUUCUAUAAAUGUUUUAUUAUUAAAACUGUUUUCUGCUUUGAAAUCAGUAAUAAUAAAAGUUGCCGAUCUUACUCUUCAACUUCAACUUGUUUUAUAUCAGCGUUUUCUUAUAUUUUAUUACAU